CCGCAUAUCCAACAGUUGGGACCGAGGUUUCUCAACCGUAUAAGCAACGAAUAGCAAACAUAUAUCUAUCUUUUGUAUACAUACAUUUAGGUAGGUAUACAUAUCUACCUUCUAUAUUACCUAUACCUAGGUAUAUAUGUACCUAAUAUAUAUAUUCGGUGUCUCACUUUAGCCAACUUUGACAUGUCCAAGGGUACCUACCUGUCAUUCGACUUUUCGAAUGUAGAAACUACCUAACCUAAACUCUCAGAAUUAGUUAUACGUACCUAGACCUGCUUGAGGCUUAGGCCCCAAAGUCUAGAACCUCAUGGCGGGCACAACAACCACCUCCUCUCCGGCCCAAAUCCGGAAAUACUUCGACGGAGACACCAAAAGCCGCCCCUCACCACCACCGUCAAACUCAGAAGGAGGAGGGACCAGAAAGCCGUCUCUCAAAAACACCCCGUCUACCCUGCAGCAGCACAUAGCCUUCUUCGACCCGGACAACGACGGCGUCAUCUGGCCGAGGGACGUGUACAGCGGGUUCCGGGCGCUGGGCUUCAACGUGCUGUUCUCGCUGGGGUCGCUGCUCAUCCCGGUGUUCUUCUCGUACCCGACGCGCCUGGGCCGGUCGUGGCUCCCGGACCCGCUGCUGCGCAUCUACGUCGACGACAUCCACAUGGCGCGGCACGGGUCCGACACGGGCGUGUACGACGCCGACGGCCACUUCAGCCCGGACCGCUUCGACCGCGUGUUCGCGCGCUUCGACGCCGACGGCGCCGGCGGCCUAGGCGUUCGCGACUUACGGGCUCUGCUGAGCAAGGAUCGGUGCGCCGCGGACCCCGCCGGUUGGAGCUUUGCGUUCAUGGAGUUCUGGACGACUUGGCUGCUGCUGCAGAAGGACGGGAGGGUCUGGAAGGACGAUCUGAGGGCGUGCUAUGAGGGCACGCUGUUCUGGAAGAUUAGCGAGGAGAGGACUAAGGGCGACGGCUGGCGCAAGGGUUAUGGAAUUAAUGAUUUCGUGCUGAGCUUGUGGCGGCAUGGGACUUGGAAAUAUUGGGAGGCGCAGACGAAAUAAGCUGGGUUAGUUGAACUGGUUAUUAAAGAUUAAAAGGUUGAUUGUAGGUUGCGUUGGAAGUGUAUGAUAAAUGCGAGCAAUACCUACAUACCUCCUACAUAGAUAGCUAUGAUCAGGUAUGUUUAUGAGAUCAGGUAUAUGUGGUUUUCAAAUCAUAUCUCACAACCAAUAUGGCAUACCCUCGAAUCACUUGAGAUACAGAA